AUGCACAUGGACACGUCUGCAGAUGAAGCCAUCGCUCGUGCGCUCGGUGCCGAAUAUUAUGGAGCAGGAGACCCAGACUAUGCAGCCGACGCCGCCUAUAUAGACGAUUCAGAAGACUCAGAUUAUGGCGGUGGGCCUCGCAAAAGGAAACGAAAAGUUGGGGGCGGCGGUCGUGGCCGUGGGCGAGGCAGGCCGCCAGGCUCAGGCGCAGCAGCUCGUCACGACACCCCCGUCCCCGCAGCCGCAGCCGCCGCUGGCAGCGCCGGCGACCCAUCCGAUGGCGACGGCGACUCCGACGACGAGGGCGACGACCGCACUAAGAGCGGCCGGCGGCGGCGCAAGGACGUGGGUAAGCAGCGCCAGGCGGGCCGCGCCUGGAGCUCGGAGGAAGAGGCCAUGUUCCUGCGCGCCAUGGAGCUGCACGGCCGCGAUUGGAAGCGCGGGAGCGAGCUUGUGGGCACUCGCGACCACCGCGCCAUCGCCUCCCACGCCCAAAAGUACUUCAUCAAGCUUUGCCUGGCCGGGAAGCCGCUUCCCAUGGCGGUGGCGCGCACGGGCCUGGGCUACACGCUCAGUGGCGCCAUGCUGGAUCCGUACUCCGCGGCGGCUAGGUCAUACGGCUUCAAACCGGAGCUACUGACCCGUCUUAGCCCCGAGGAGCUUCAACAGGCACUAUCCGGACUGGAUCUGGAUCGAUUGCCGGUCAUGUACGGCGGCCGGCUGCCGGACGAUCAGGCGCCGCCGCCGCCGCCGCCCCGCAGCACCUCUGCAGGGGGAGGUCUGAUGGGCGAUGAGAUGGGCCUUACGAGUGAGAGCCUCCAAUUAGUGAAGCCCCAGGAGUUCAUGGGGCUGCCCGGCAGCGGCGCCCCGCGCUCGCAGCCGUACACCGUCGAUAUGUCGACGUGGGCGUUAAUGGCGAUGGAUUUCCACGCGCACCUGAGCUCCUACGAGGUGAUCGGUCUGCUUGGCGGCACGUGGAACCCCGAAACGCGGCAGCUGGUGGUUAUUGAGGCGUACGCGUGCCGCCGGGCGGAGGGCAGCGAUGCGGCCACGUCGGUGGAGCUGGAUCCUGAGUCGCAGGUGGAGGUGCAGUCCAUGAUGGAGGCUAAGGGACAGCAGUGCGUGGGCUGGUACCACUCGCACCCCGUAUUCGAGCCCAGCCCCAGCCAGAAGGACAUGGACAACCAGCGGAACUACCAGGCGCUGUUCAGGUGCGAGACCACCAAGCUGGAGCCCUUCAUCGGGAUUAUCGUGGGGCCUUAUGACCUGGCCCUCCCACAGCCCAUUUCCAUCAUCACCACCUUCGUCGUACAAUCGUUCAAGGGCUCAUUGGUGCCGUACUCUGUACGCUGCCAGCUCCACGGCUAUGAGGUGGUGCCCGACAGCCCCAUGAUGUCCAAGCUGCUGGCCAUGUUGGACACCUUCAGGGACGACCCGGGGCGGGUGGACCUGGGGCAGCUGUGGAGGGGCUACAGCUACAUCAUGGCGGACGGCUCCGUGGAUGCCGUACCACUGACCCGCCUCGCCAAACUGCGCCACUCUCUGAGCACCUACAUGCGGGAGGCUGAUCCAGCAGCAGUACGGCAAGUGCUGGAUCUGUUGUGCAGUGAGCUAGCGAACCGCUGGGGGGUAAACCUUGCGACGGCGCUGGCGGCUGGCGAUGGCGCCGCGACGGGGCCGGCGGCAGCGCUCGGGCUGCCGCCGCCUGACGCCAACGGCGUGGCGGCGGCGUCGGCGGCGUCAGACGGGCCACCCCCUGGAGGCUCCAUGUUGGGGUUGCUGCUGGAAGAUGGGGACGCGGCACCACCGCCGCCGCCACCACCGCCGCCAGCGGCAGAUGUAUUAGGCCUAACAGCCGGCGCCGCCGUUGUGGCGGCGGCGCCACAGCAAAUCGGCACGGGCGGCUUAUUCCAAGCCAUGUUACAAGACGACGAUGACGAUGAUGGUGGCCACAACAACGCGCCGCAGUUGUCACCAGCGGCGGCGGCGGCGGCGGUCGUAGCAGCGGGGCCGCUGACGGCUGCGGGGCCGGGGCAGGGGUUGUUGGCACAGCUGGAGGAGGUAGUCUACGAGGGGACGACGGCACUUGCCGAAUCUGGUCUCGGAGCGCCACCGAACCAGGAGCCGCAGCACCACCAUCACCAUCAACAACAUGGCCAGCAGCAGCAGGACUAUCAGCAGCACUGUGCAACGACGGGACCGGUGUACGAUCAAGCGGUUGGUGGUUACGGGCAGCAGCAGGGGGGUUCGCCGUUGUAUUCACAGGGCCUCCGGGCGGCGGAAAUUGGGCAUGCAGUUGGCAGCACAGAGGCGGCGGGGUGA